AUGGGUAUGAACAUGCAGAAUGAGACGAGUGGCCAUGACCACGGUCACAGCCAUCAGGACAUGUCGAUGCCCGCCAUCUUCACAACAGGAACAAAAGUAACUUUAUUCUUCAGCAUCUGGACGACCAAUUCCAUGACCACCUAUCUCCUCACUCUAUCAUUGUUGUUCCUGCUUGCCUGGUUCAAUCGUUUCCUCGGAGCACUCAAGUUCCAACUCGAAAAUAAGAUUAACUCAACUCGCGCGUCUGGACUUCCCGUGCCAAUUUUGGGACAACCACCUGCAGCACAUCGAUACAGAAAGAUCCCCAAGGAUCGAGUGAGCCCUCUUCCGCGGUACAUACAAGUCAACACGAACGAUCCAUUCGAAAGACCAUCGCCACCGCCUCCCUCUCCUCCACCCUUACAUGACGAUGAGCGGAGCGAGUUGGUACUCGGCAGUGCAGGGCCGUCGUGCGUCCGGAGGUGGUUCAAGAUACUCUUUGGGAAAUAG